GCCACUUCCGCCGUGAAGAGGCCUCGCCAGCAGUAAAAAUGGCGGAGUCGGUGCUAGAAGUUGUAGGGAAGCUGCAGUCGCGGCUGUCGGGCAAUUCGGAGCCCAAGAAGCUGAUGAAGAGUCUGAAGAGGCUUUCUGAGUUGCCUAUCACGGUUGAUAUCCUUCUGGAGACUGGGGUGGGGAAGACUGUGAACGGUUUACGGAAACAUGAACAGGUUGGGGAUUUUGCCAAAAAUUUGGUGGCGAGGUGGAAGAAGCUGGUGCCUGUCCCACAGGAAACAGAACGGCAUAACCUUGAACCUGUAGAGCGCAGCUACGACCGCAGCAUCUCUAGGAAACGGCCGCGAGAACCUUCCCCCAAAGAGGACGAGGAGGUAGAACAGGACGUGCCCGAGGCUUACCAGCCUUCCUGCAGCCAAGUGUACGAGCCAGAAUACGGAGCGAAAAAGUCCAAGAGGUACUCAGAGCCCGAGAAAACCCAUCAGACUGUGAGUUACGGCGUUCCGGAGGGCAGGGCGUGGGGCAGAGAGUCCCCGGUGCUCUCCUCCGACCAGGAGUGCUCUGACUAUGGACACGCGGCCUCGCCCGAGCCGAGUGAGAGCCCUCAGGACCUGUACGUGGACCUCUGUAGAGCUGAGGAGCAGGAGAGGGAGCAGAAGUCCCUUAGCCGGAAGGCCCCUAAAGGCCACGGCUUUCAGGACCGGCUGGAGGGAGGUCACGGCAGGACCCUCAGCGACUCCCAGGACAAAGCCGGCUCAAGUCGGAGCAGAGAGCACAAAUCUUCUCACAAGGAGAAGCAACGGACAGAGGCCAAGGGGGAGGAGCGCGGUCCCGAUUUCAUGCUCGAGAGGCUGCACAAGGGCUCUUCGAAGGAGCCCCUCCGAGAAGCUGCCUUGACAGGGGGCAGCAAGGAGCGGCUGAAGGCCUCGGACAGCACCAAGCGAGAGAAGAAAAGAGACGGCGGCCCCAAGAAGGAGAGGCCACCCUUUGACUCGGAGGAAACGCCGGAGGACCACGCAAAGAAGCAAAAGCUGCAGGAGCCCGAGAGAGCCAAGUCGGAGAAGGUGAAGCUCGGCUCGGAGGCUUCGCACGGAGAGCGGGAGAGGCGGAAGCCCGAAGCGGAGGCCUCCAGUAGGAGCAAAGAGAAGAAGGCUUCCGGCAGCGUAAAACCCCCGGAGGGCAAGCCCAGAGCCUCUGAGUCGAGCAAGAGGGCGGUGGGCUUCUCCCCUCCGAAACCUGGGGAGGGGGAGUUGGAGGACGAGUACGAGCAGCCCACCAUGUCCUUCGAGUCGUACCUGAGUUACACCAAGCCUCAGAAGAAAAAGAAGAAGGUGGCAACGGCGGCCAAGGCCCCAGCACCCGUCCCGGAGAAAGACAAAGGGCACAGCAGGCAGAACGGUUCCAAGUCCAGCGCCAAGAGCUCCGACGCCAGCCGGAAAGCCCCCAAGCCCCCAAGCGAGAAGAAGCCGUCGGGGGGGUCCAAAGCGAAAAAGAUCCUCAUUGACGUGGUGCCAACGCUCCCGGACAUUCCCUUGCCCCCAAUCCAGGCCAACUACCGCCCGCUUCCUCCGGUUGAUUUGAUACUCCCCACCCAGCCAAAGAGGAAAGCCCUGUCCUCCCCCACCGAGGAAGACGAGGCUGGCUUCACCGGGCGCAGGCUGAAUUCCAAGAUGCAGGUGUACUCCGGCUCCAAGACGGCUUACCUCCCAAAGAUGAUGUCUCUGCACGAACAAUGCAUCAGGGUCCUCAGCAAUAAUAUUGAUUCAAUCUACGAAGUGGGGGGCGUCCCUUAUUCUGUCCUGGAACCCGUCUUGGAGCGCUGCACCCCGGAGCAGUUGUACCGCAUUGAGGAGUGUAAUCACGUUUUAAUUGAGGACACAGAUCAACUGUGGCACAUUCACUGUGUUCGCGAUUUCAAGAAGGAGAAGCCAGAGGAAUUUGAAUCGUGGAGGGAGAUGUACUUACGGCUGCACGACGCCCGAGAGCAACGGCUGCUCAUGCUAACCCAAAACAUCAGAUCGGCCCAUGCCAAUAAACCCAGAGGCAGAGUAGCCAAGAUGGCUUUUGUCAAUUCAGCAGCCAAGCCACCCCGGGAUGUGCGAAGGCGGCAAGAGAAAUUUGGAACUGGAGGAGCAGCGGUCCCAGAAAAGAUCAAGAUAAAGCCAGUGUACUUCACGCCAGCUAGAAGCAGCUCUGUUCAUGCAGACGAGGAGCAGUCCUACGACGGGCCCAGCACUAGCAGCGGCCAUUCGGGGCCAUCCUUAGGCAGCGCCUCCUCCGUGAGCUACGACCCCAGGAAGCCCCCCGUGAAGAAAAUUGCACCAAUGAUGGCGAAGACUAUUAAAGCGUUCAAAAACAGAUUUUCUCGGAGAUAAAGGCACCCGCGAGCGAGUGAGCAAGCAGGGGAUUCGCCUCCUUUUUGACAGAAGCAGUGCUGGGGGAAAUGGGGAGGGGUUAGGGGUGGCCCAAGGAUCCUCUCAGCUCAAGACCAACAACACAGUAUUGUUCCAAGUAGCCCUCCAGUUCUUUCCUCUGCUCCCAACAAACCUGGUCUGUCUGCUCAGCAUUUUAAAAAUGUGAAAUCUUGGCUCUUUCUGAGACGAGAAGGUCCACAGACUGUAGCUCUUUCUUCAGUCCCUUUGUCUCUCUCUCUCUCUCUGGAAUAGAAAGGAAUAUACCUCCUUCCUCUACCUGCAGUGUUCUGUCCUCAGGCCCCAUGUAAAGAUCCACAUUCCUCCUAUUGUCACAUUUGGAGGAGUCUCUCUUUCCAGAUACUCUUUCAAAAACACACACAAGGCCUCUGCUGUGACCCUGACUGCUGCUUUUCAAGACCCAUUUGGAAUCCCAGAACCGUAGUUCAUGCGCGAGGCUUGCCAACCCUCUGUCGGAUCAUUGCUUUCUCAUCCACUCUGUUCUUAAAUCCCAGCUUUCAGACUUUCCUCCUAUUCCUAAAACCUUUACGCCAGAUAUGUGUCGAUUUGGCCUUUCUACAUAUGGAAACCAGGGGUUUCGGGGAGGGAUUCCUCCCUGUUUCUCCCUUCCAUUCACUUGGCCAAAACAACCAUUUACAAACAUCUCCCACUUCUCCUUUUUCAAUUCAUAGGAAAAACAGCACAGAAUUUGAGGGGAAGGAGGGGGGACGCUCAGGAGGAGGAGGGGGAAAUGUAACUUUGUACAAAUCUAAAUUUUAAGCACUCACCUGAGCUUUAAAUUAAUCGAUGCAUCUGAAAGCUACGUUUAUUUUUUUAAAUGAAUAGCAAUGGUUUCAUGUUUGGGGGAUAACGUCCCCCCUCCCCACAUGCCUCAAUUAAAAACAAGAAAGAGAUUUUUGGCUUCAAUCCCACUUUCAGGUUGGGUCAGAAAGUAUUUUCUGACUUUUAAAACAACAGCAACUGGCACUUUAAUUCCUCAGUUCCCUGCAAAGAACUUCAGGGAAGACGUGAAUUCCAAUCUGUUUUAGUUUUUACGUCGAACCCCUUGGUGGGAAGAUGAUGAAACCUAGGAGUCUUGGAUGGCGCCUGCUCUUGGAAGAAACUCCAGGCACAAGAUGCCGGGUUCCGUGGAACACCCACCUUCUGCAGCUGCAGCUUGGAGCAGCCUUUCAUCACAGGAGAGCCCAAGGACGGCAUGCUGGGAGUUGCCGCUGCCACUCGCAUUGGAGGAGAGUUUGAGGAAACUACAUUUCUAGGGUACUGUUUGCUUUAACGCUGGAGGGGACCCUGGGCUAAAAGUGCUGUUUAUCCUGGUGGUUAU